AUUCAUCGCCCAUUUUCCGGUUGCCGCUCCGCCUCCUCCUCCUCCUCUGCCCAUGGAAGACACCCUCGAUUCCUCUCUCCUCCUUGACGGCGGCGCCGCCACCGCCUCCGCCCCCAGCCACGGCUGGCAGAAAGUCACCUAUUCCAAGCGCCAGCGCAAGCCACAGGCCCAGGCCGAACCCGAACGCCCCCGCCAUGCCAACGGCCUCCCCGAUCGCUCGCAUGUCUUUGACUCCGUCGAGCAGAAGGCCCGCGAGCGACGUCGUGCCAUCGAAGCCGCCGCGGCCGCCGCAGCUGAAGCCGAGGCCGGAGAUGCUGCCAGAUCGAGACCUGCGCCGGCCUCCUCUGACGAGGAUGACGAUGAAGACGGUGCGGCCAGAGCCCCGGAGAACGGAACACAGGCGCCGAAGAAGGAGAAGCCAAAGAAGGUUAAGAAGCCUAAGGUCACGGUCGCUGAGGCUGCCGCCAAGAUCGAUGACACCGAUCUAGCUUCGUUUCUUGCCGAGAUUUCUGUAACUUAUGAAUCACAGCAGGAUAUUCAACUGAUGAGAUUUGCAGAUUUCUUCGCACGUUCGUUUACUUCUGUGAGUGUAUCGCAAUUUCCUUGGUUUAAGAUCUUCAAGGAAUCACCUCUUGAGAAGAUCGUCGAUGUUCCUUUAAGCCAUAUACCUGAUUCUGUUUACAAGACUUCAGUUGAUUGGCUUGCACUAAAAUCCCCUGAAGCUUUGUCUGACUUCGUUUUAUGGUGUCUCGAUGGCAUCCUUUCUGACUUGGCGAGUCAGCUACCUGCAGUUAAGGGCUUAAAAAAAUCUGUUCAGCCAACUGCACCAAAGGCUCUGGCUGCAAUAUUUGUCGUGCUAGCAAUGACCUUGAGACGGAAGCCUGACAUACUUAUAAGCCUUUUGCCCAAACUAAGAGAUGAUCAAAAAUAUCAAGGACAAGAAAAACUGCCGGUUAUUGUCUGGGUCACUGCACAGGCUUCUCAAGGAGAUCUAGUUGUCGGCAUGUAUGUCUGGUCACAUUACCUAUUUUCUGUGGUUUGUGGAAAAUCAAAUGUGAACCCACAGUCUAGGGACUUGGUGCUGCAAUUGAUUGAAAGGAUUCUCUCAGGACCAAAAGCUCGAACUAUUCUGUCAAAUGGCGCUGUUAGGAAGGGGGAGCGCAUAGUUCCACCUGCUGCACUUGAUUUGCUCAUGAGGGUGACAUUUCCUGCUUCUACAGCUCGGGUCAAGGCCACUGAAAGAUUCGAGGUGAUGUAUCCUACCCUAAAAGAGCUGGCUCUUGCUGGGUCUGCUGGUUCAAAAACCACAAAGCAAGCAUCACAACAACUUUUACCUUUUGCUAUCCAAGCGAUUCAAGAAAAUAAUCCUGAGCUAACAAAGGAAGCUUCAGAUUUAUUCAUCUGGUGUUUGACUCAGAAUGCGGAGUGCUACAAACAGUGGGAAAAACUUUAUCUAGAGAAGAUUGAUGAAACAAUUGUUGUUCUUCGGAAACUCUCCACUGAAUGGAGAAAGUACUCCGGCAAAAUUUCUCCAGACACUCUUAAAGUGACACUUAAGCAUUUAAGGGCUAAAAAUGAAGACGCCUUGUCGAGAAACACGGAUCCCAACAAAGUAACAUCCAUCAAAGAAGCAGAUAAGUACUGCAAGACUCUUUUGGGGAAGUUAACACGUAAAUUUGGCUGCGUGAAGGGUAGUGUUUUCAUUCUUGUUCUUGGAAUUGGAGUGUAUGCCGCCAUUUCACCAAGCGCAGAGUUAAUCAACUGGGAAAACUUUAAUUGGGAGAAACUUCAGGUGUUGUUCAGUUCUCUUCAAUCCUCUUAGAACAACUUUGAGCUUAACCUAAUUUCGCCAACAAAGGAGAUGGUUCAAGAAAGCAUAUGUUGUCGGUAAAUUAAAGAGAAUAAUUGUGUUUUUUCAUCUCCCCUAGAGAACCAUCUGAAAUUGCUCCAUCCAUGGCAGAAAGCUGCCUCUUUAAUCUGUUUAAAGGUCUAGUUAGUUGUGGCUCCAUAGAGACUGAAGUUUGUGUAUCUUUUUGGACUAGACUAAACGUGAAGCAUGAGACAUUGUUUUGUAAAUCAUGCUUUUGCUUGAUGGUAAUUUUUCCUGUUCCAGAAUGUUUUAAAUUAAUAGUUUGAGUUUGUUGGUUGAGGUUAUGUUGAUUA